AUGGCCGCGAUGGAUCUGCUGGACCAUCUCAAAUGGACCAGGCUGAUAGGUAUAUUCUCCCUAAUCAGUCUGGUUAUUGCCAGUCCGUCGAUCACACCUACACAGAACACGAAUAUUCCUCCAUGCCAGCAGUAUGCCGAACUGCAAUCGAGCAACAACACCCGCAACUCGAAGAAAGUGUCUCUGCUUAAUGGACUAGACCACCGACCACCGCUCGUCAUAGAUACUUUCAACGACGCAUUGCGGAACAAUCUCGGAUUCUGGCACGGUGCAGGAGAAGGUCUACCCAUUGAAUAUGGCGACGGUUACGUGAGAUUCUUCCCAACAGACCCCGACCACAACUAUCACACUCAGCUAGCGGCAGCGGAAUGCUUCAGUUUCCUCCCCUACAGCGACCAAUACCUUCAUAUUGUGUUUUCGGGAACAAACAAGUUCAGCAUCUCGCUCAACCAGAACAAUGAGAACUGCGACCCUUAUCGGAAACCAUACCCCGAGACGUGGGAUUCAGUAGAGGCGGCCAGGUAUACCAAUGGCAAUGAGAUAUACGUGCCUCUUGCACAUUUCCACAUUGAUCAAUCCAGAGUCUUGUCGGUGUCCUUCAAUGGAUUCUACUCCAAGGAAAGCUUGACAUUAUACAAGGUGGAAAUUGUGCCGGAGCUUCCAAUGGGUCUUCGAGUACCAAACAGGCUAGCCAACGACGAUGGGCAACCGCGCUUUGCUCAGGAGGUCAUGGAUAUCCUGGAGAAGGAGAACAUUCUGGUGACUUUCUUCGUUGUCGGAGCGGGACUCCGAGAUGAAGAGACCAAUUUCACACAAGUGUACCGGGAAAUGCUAAGGAGAGGUCAUCAGAUCGCCCUUCACUCGAAUACACACCGAAAGAUGGAAGGUUUGGAAGCCAUCGAAGACAUCGACGACGAGAUCAUCAGGAAUAUCCGAGCGUUCAGGAGUUUCCUGGGUGUUGAGUCUCGCUACUUCCGGCCACCAUUUGGAACAAUUGGCUCCAGAACCCGUCAACGGCUUGCAGUGCACACGUCCGAUCCUCAGAUCGUCAACUGGAGUGUGGACAUUGAGGACUGGCUCUGGGGGGACACGGAAACUCCGGAGAGACAGCUGGAGGCUUUCUAUCGAGAUGUGAGGCGCGGGGGCAACCUGGCUGUGAUGCAUUACCUGAAGCCGAGCACGGUCAAGUAUUUCCCACAGGUUAUUCGCUUCGUCAAGGCAAUGAAUUUGACCAUCAUGCGGAUCGACCAGUGCCUUGAGGACCCUAGCAGUCCACCACUGAGGGUAGGUUAG